CAGUACGGCUGAUUAUAUAACUUUAAUGUCCUCCCGGGGUUUCAUGGCGCAGCGGCGGAGGACAGCGCCUCAGACCCGUCGCUCCAUCGCGGAUUUCUCCUGAAUUAUUUUUUCCUUGGCGCACCAAAGUGAGCGAUCAUCACCUUCCUUAUUAUUAUUAUUAUUAUUUUUCUGUCUCCUCCUGCAACCGACGACGUGUGAUAAAAAGUUCCCGACACAUCGAGUCCAGGCUGGGGCGCGCUCACGAUGGAUCGCUAAAACUCCCGCGGGGUCAGCUCCUCUUGACUCGGGGUCGGAACAGUUCAACACGAUGACUAACCCGAACCCGAACCCGAACCCGAACCCGAACCCAGACCCGGCUGACACUUCAAUGCAAAACGCUCCAGCGAGGAAGGGGCUCGGUCCGAGGGCUUGACUGGAUCCGCGGACGCUGCGUAAUAUCUCCGAAUAUUGUUCCUUCCAAACUCGGGACCUAUAACGGGACAUGACCUGAGCGGCGGGGCUUGCAUCUCCCCCCCCCCUGCCUUUUCACCACAGUGUCCGGACAGGAUAAAGAAAUGGAUCAGGGUGGACUGAAGCGCAACGGUAAUCGAGACGACAGCCUGACAUUUGGGGAGACCGCAGUACACAGUGACACAAGUGACGCGGCUGGUUCGCUGCUCCAGCCCGCUGCGAUGCACCUGCCCAGCCCGGGGUCCCUGGCCCAGCUCACAGUGACCCCGAACGGACGGGCCGCAACCAAAGACCAGGGCGAGUUCGGGGACCUCUUUGACAACCCUCGUGGCCAGUGUGAGGGGUCCGACAUGAAGGAGGGUAAAAUCAUCCGAUUGCAGAAACGACAACACCGGCCGGAUAUUGCUAUGUUCAACAUGGAGGACAAUUUGCCGUUGCUGAACCAGAGUCUUUCUGAUCUUGAACGGACGUCCAACUCUGUCAUCAGCAUCUCACACACCUCCGUCCUGGGAAAACUGCCUUUGCCCAACCUUUUCCCCCAGCACAUCAAGCAGGAGGGAGUCUUUUCUCUGGAAAAGGACCUGGGAACUUACGGCGGACACACAGGUGGCGGCCCGUGUGAUUUGGAUGGCAUCAACGGUCCCCAUAUUGAGGAUACAGAGAUUUGGCAAGACCUGGACCUUCCCAAUUCAUUGCCAGAAAUCAGUGAUUUUGAGCUGGAUUCAGAAGUGGCACACUUGGAUAACAUCCUACACGACAGCAGCGGCAGGGGCAGUCCUGCCGGCGGCUUGCUCAAGGAAGCAAAGGCUCUGGUGGGUAACGGAGGAAACUGUACCAACGUGAAUGGCACGGACAGGCAGCACCAAUUACAGCAACAUCAACACCAGCAGCAGCAGCAUCGCCAGCUGCUCCAGCACCAGCAACAUCAGCUACAGCAUCAACAUCAGCAGCCUCCGUCGCUUCUCUCCAGCAUCAUCAUCAAGGAGGAGAAAGACCUCGACAACUCUUUCAUUCACAUCCGCACACCCGGCGUGGUCAAGCAGGAGAAGCAGGAGAACGGCAGCUUCUGCCAGUCGCAGUGCCUCCAGGGCACCAUGAGCUCUCUGCAGGGAGGAGGCCCCAUGUCCUCCACCACAGGUGUCGGCACCGGACCCGGCUACCACUACAAAGCCAGCCCGUCCUCCACCGUGGGCCUACAAGACCAGAAGCCUUUUGGCAUGUUCGCGAAUCUGCCUCCGCUCGGGGAGAGCUGGACGAGGGGAGGCAGGUUUGGAGAGCCCUCCGGGAUACAGAGGGGCAACGAGGGGCUCACCUCCGCAGCCAUGGCAGCCUUCUCCGUCAACUUCUCCAGCUCAUCUCCCAGAACAGGAGAGACCAGCAGCUCUGCAGCGGCAGGCCAGUCCAAGCCCGGCGGUCAGACCCAUAAGAUCUGCUUGGUGUGUUCGGACGAGGCGUCGGGAUGCCACUACGGUGUCGUGACCUGCGGCAGCUGCAAGGUGUUCUUCAAGAGGGCCGUCGAAGGAUGGAGAGCACGACAAAACACAGAUGGCCAACACAACUACCUCUGUGCAGGAAGGAACGACUGCAUCAUAGAUAAGAUCCGCAGGAAGAACUGUCCAGCCUGCCGCUUCAGGAAAUGUCUUCAAGCCGGAAUGAACUUGGAAGCGAGGAAAAACAAGAAGCUGAUCAAGAUGAAAGUGCAGCGGCCCCCCGGAGCGCCGGAGCCCACCAGCAGCAUGCCGGUGUCCGUCAUCCCCAGGAUGCCCCAGCUGGUGCCCACCAUGCUGUCGGUGCUCAAAGCCAUCGAGCCGGAGGUCAUCUACUCGGGCUACGACAGCACUCUGCCCGACACCUCCACGCGGCUCAUGACCACCCUCAACAGGCUGGGGGGGCAGCAGGUCAUCUCUGCAGUCAAGUGGGCCAAGUCACUGCCAGGUUUCCGCAACCUGCACCUGGACGACCAGAUGACUCUGCUGCAGUGCUCCUGGCUCUUUCUCAUGUCCUUCAGCCUGGGCUGGAGAUCGUAUGAGCAGUGCAACGGCAACAUGCUCUGCUUCGCCCCCGACCUCGUCAUCAACCAAGAGCGAAUGAAGCUGCCCUUCAUGAACGACCAGUGCGAGCAAAUGCUGAAGAUCUGCAACGAGUUUGUCCGACUGCAGGUGUCCUACGACGAGUACCUGUGCAUGAAGGUCCUAUUACUGCUGAGUACAGUACCAAAAGACGGCCUGAAGAGCCAGGCGGUGUUUGACGAGAUCCGGAUGACGUAUAUCAAGGAGCUCGGCAAAGCCAUCGUCAAGAGAGAGGAGAACGCCAGUCAGAACUGGCAGCGCUUCUACCAGCUAACUAAGCUACUGGACUCCAUGCAGGAGAUGGUCGAGGGCCUCCUCCAGAUCUGUUUCUACACCUUUGUGAAUAAAACCCUCAGCGUGGAAUUCCCGGAGAUGCUGGCGGAGAUCAUCACCAACCAGAUACCAAAAUUCAAAGACGGGAGCGUCAAGCCUCUGCUGUUUCAUCAGAAAUGACUGCCUUAAAAAACUGUGAAGCAAUGACUCAAAUCCUCCUCCAAGAGCACAAUACCUGGAGCCUCCCGCCUCCUGAUCCGCUCCCCGAUUGGCCGGACUACAGUGCAGGAGGCCGGACUACCGACCUGUGGCCCUUCCUCUCGGCCAACCAGGACGAAACCAGGAGGAAAUGUUUCUGGCUCUGAUUGUCUUGUGGGCAGGCUUCAUUCUGG